GAGCCUGCGCCGCCGCCGCCGCCGCGACCCCAGCGCGCAGGGCCCGGCGCGUCAGUCCCCCGCGCGCCGCCGCCGCCGCAGCCUGCCGGGUGCCGCCCGCCGAUCGCCAUGGUGGACGAGCUGGUGCUGCUGCUGCACGCGCUGCUGAUGCGCCACCGCGCCCUGAGCAUCGAGAACGGCCGCCUGAUGGAGCAGCUGCGGCUGCUGGUGUGCGAGCGGGCCAGCCUGCUGCGCCAGGUACGUCCGCCCAGCUGCCCCGUGCCCUUCCCCGAGACGUUCCGCGGCGAGAGCGCGCGCCUGCCCGAGUUCAUCGUGCAGACGGCCUCCUACAUGCUCGUCAACGAGAACCGCUUCUGCAACGACGCCAUGAAGGUGGCCUUCCUCAUCAGCCUGCUGGGCGGGGAGGCCGAGGAGUGGGUCAUCCCCUACAUCGAGACCGACAGCCCCAUCCUCGGCGACUACCGCGCCUUCCUCGACGAGAUGAAGCAGUGCUUCGGCUGGGACGACGACGAGGACAGCACCGACGACGAGGACGACUACUAGGCCCCGCGGCCUCGGGGGAGGGCCCCGCACCCACCCGCCGCCGCGGCCCCCGCCCCCUCCGCCCCGCCCCGCGGCGCCCCCGCCCCGCGCCCUCCGCCCGGCACCCCGGCCCCCACCUCGCCCUCUGCCGCCGCCCC